AUGCUACAUGAGAGUAUAUUUUCACCAGCAGAAUGUAUCUCUGUACUAGCUGCUAUCAGUGAUACAAGUAAACAACUUGAAGUGUUAUACAAUUCAUGUUUAAAUAAAACAAUUUAUUUUUCUAAAAACCUUUCAUCUAAUCUACAUGAGCUUAAUAAUCUAACCAAUAAAAAUGUCUACAGUCUUCAAGAAGAACAAGAAGAAGAAAAAAGUAAACGAAGUUUUUUACAAGUAACUGAAAAGUUAAUGAAUUUGUUUAAAUCACUUACUGAUGAAUUGAAUGAUUAUGGGACUAUAAAUUGUUUAGAAAAAUACUGUAUUCAACAACAAGAUGAAUUAGAUAAAUUAGAAAAUUUUGUUAACUCUGCUGAAGAAAAUGAAAGAUAUUUAAAUGAAUUACAAAAUGAUUUACAAAAAUUAGAAGUUUGUAUGUGUAAUAAUACAGUAGAGUUUACAACAACCUUGACUUCAUUAAAACAUGAACUACAAGAAUUGGAGGAAAUUUCAAAUAUGAUUGAACAAUACAAAAAACAUGAUUAUGAUAUGAGAUUACAAAAAGAAUUAGGCAUUCAAUCAGAUGAAAUUAAACAGUUAACUGAUGAAUUAGACAAGGUUAAAUUGCAAACACAACAGCAGGCUAGAAUAUCAGAAGAAAUUAAUUCCUGGUUAUAUUGUAAUAUUGCAAGAUUGGAAAAUGUUGCCGGUUAUGCAGCGAUCACUUAUCAAUCAGAAUAUAUGAAUGAAAAAAUUAAUAAUAUUGUUAAUGAAUUAGAGCAGAAUAAAGCUAUGCAUGCUGAAUUGGAAAGACAACAAUUAGAAUAUGAACAAAUAAUUACAGCUGAUAAACGUGAAAAAGACGCAAAACGUAUUCGUGAUGAAUAUGCGCAGAAAUUUCUUAUGUCAGUUUUACAAAUACAAGCAUGGUGGCGUACUAUGAUUGAAAUUCGUGGAAUAAGGUUACGGAAACGAAUAAACCACGUUUCUGGAAUCGUUCAUCAUACUACGGAUGUAACUUCAUUAGUUGAAAAUGCAACCAGGUCAUCAAACCAUGCAUGGGCUUUCCCGGUGAUUAUUACUAUUGUAUCCGCCCUCGGUGGCUUUCUUUUUGGUUAUGAUACUGGUGUCAUAUCCGGUGCCAUGAUUCAACUGAGAGAAUAUUUCAAUCUAUCGUAUAUGUACCAAGAAAUAAUUGUCAGUAUAUCAUUAUUUGCUGCUGCGAUAGCAUGUCCAGUUAGUGCUUUUCUCAGCGAUCGUAUUGGUCGCAAAGCUGUUAUAUUAAUAGCAAGUGUCGUAUUUACUGUUGGAGCAGUGGUGAUGGGAGCCUCGUAUAGUAAGAUUUGCUUACUAGUUGGUCGUUUGAUAGUUGGACUAGGAAUUGGAAUGGCUUCAAUGUCAGUCCCUGUAUAUAUUGCAGAAAUAGCGCCUAAUCGUAUGCGCGGAGCAUUGGUCACGCUAAACACAGUGUUUAUAACAGCUGGACAAGUAAUCGCGGCAAUUGUUGAUGCUAUCUUUAUUUCGGAUGAAGUCAAUGGGUGGAGGUAUAUGUUAGGGAUUGGAGGUGUUCCGUCAUUUAUUCAACUAUUCGCAUUUAUUUAUAUGCCUGAGAGUCCUCGUUGGCUGGUUCAGCGCGGUCAAAUUUCAAAAGCUCGUGCUACUCUCCAGCGCCUCUAUGGAGCAUCUGCUGCGACACCACAAAUAGAAAGUGAAAUUCAAAGAAUGAUCGAAGCUUCAUCCAAGGUUCAAGUCUGUGAAACCCCUGAAAAAUCUUCUGAUAUUGCUCCUAAUGUCUGUAUGGAGAGUUUUAGUGGGGGUAAUUCAUCUGUCGGUGAAAAUGCACUAUCACAAAAUAUACUGAACGAACCUGAUGACCAUAUAAUAAAAGGGACAGAGCCAAAUAGAUUCUGGUCACAGUUAACGCUAGUUCGUAUGUUGCGUUUCAAACCAACUAGACGUGCUUUGUUUAUUGGAUGCAGUCUACAAAUGUUCCAGCAAUUCGUUGGAAUCAAUACUGUAAUGUACUAUAGUGCUGAAAUCUUGUCUAUGGCUGGUAUCGGUGGUAUUGGCAGUAGUAAGAAGGAAGGAAACGUGAAAAUUGCCUGGCUAACUGCUCUAGUUGCAUUUACUAACUUUCUGUUUAGUUUGGGAGCUCCAUGGAUUGUUGGUCGUUUUAAAAGACGUCUUGUAUUUUAUUGUAGUUUAACAGGUGUGUUUGUAAGCCUGGUUAUUUUGGCUGUUAGUUUCCAGUUGAUUGCAUCGUAUUCUGCACAGGUAUCGGUUAUCGAAGCAAUUCCCUUGGAAACCACCUAUGCUUCGUGUCUAAAUGCAAAAACAUGUGAUAUGUGUAUUCAACAGAAAAGCUGUGGAUUUUGUUAUGAAACGUAUUUAUCCGGUCAGACAAAAGUUCCAGUGAAUGGUUCUUGUCUUCCGUCACCUAAAGAAUUUUCCCCAUUUUCUACUUAUGGCCGAUGUUCUGAGAAGUCUAUUGAAAAAGAACAUGUUAAUUGGGCAUUCGAUCACUGCCCUAAUCCAUAUGGUUGGAUGACACUCUUCGGUCUAAUACUUUCUAUCACUCGACAAGGUGCUUACUUCUUGUAUGCCGGUGUCUCUGUGCUGGCAAUUAUAUUUGUCUGGAGAUUUGUACCGGAACAUGGUAAUAAGUCUCUUGAAGAAAUUGAAAUCACCUUGGGACGCUCUUAG